GUGUAGGUCAAUAGUGUUAAUUUUUAUUCUGCUUUUUAUGUUUGAUCCAAAUAAUGUAAAAUUUGUUGUGGCUCAUCUUAAUAAACAAGUGGUAUUGUACCUACUAACAAACAACUAUGGGUGAACGGAACAAAAAGAUACUUUUAGAACAACUGCAACUGCCAAAGAAUAAAUUAUGUUCAGAUUGCAAUGCAGAAGGUCCAGAAUGGGCAUCAAGCAACAUUGGAGUGUUUAUGUGCGUCAACUGCUCAGGUAUUCACAGAAUGUUAGGAACUCAUGUAAGUCGAGUCAAGUCUUGUCGUUUGGACCAAUGGGCCGAUGAGGCUGUUCAGUUUAUGUGCGAAAAUGGCAAUGAAAGUGUUAAUGUUGUACUGGAGCGACACGUACCAAUAUAUUACAGGAAACCUGUGCCCACAGAUCCACAGGCUUAUAAAGAGCAUUUUAUUCAUGCGAAAUAUGAAAGAAAGGAGUUUGCAACACCAGGGGGUUGUGCACAUUACGAGACAGGCAUGAAAGAAGGAAUGUUAUGGAAACGAGGAAAAGAUGGAAAACAAUUUAAACAAAGGAGAUUUGUUCUUAACAUGGAUGAAGGAACUCUGAAAUACUUUGUUAAACCCGAUGCCAAAGAACCUAAACAAAUAAUCAACCUUACCACACUGAGUACCUCGUUGGCACCAGACAAGAUAAACCAUCCUCAUGGAUUACAACUGGCCUUCAUGAACGACAAUUUAACAAGGCAGAUCUACCUCUAUGCCGAUGAGGCAAAGGAUGCUGUGGAUUGGUACAUUGUGCUUAGAGCUUCCUCCUUUCACUUAAUUCGAAAAUCCUACCCCCAACUCUCUGAUGCAGAGGUACUUAGAAGGUUGAACAGUCACCAAAGAAAGCAGGGUUGGAUGGAAAAAACUGGGCCAAAGCUGACAGAGCCAUAUAGGAAGCGAUGGUUUUCAUUGGAAAACAGGCGUCUCCUUUACUUUGAAAAACCCCUGGACCCAUAUCCACGAGGUGAGAUAUAUCUAGGCAGUCGUUCAGAAGGUUAUAUGGUUCGUGAUGGCCUUCCUGCCGGUCAAACAGAACACGGCUUUGGAAUCACAAUUACGACACCUUACAGAGACUACUUGCUCUGCUGUGAAGACAAAGAAGAGCAAAAAUCAUGGAUUAAUGAAAUUAAAUCAAUAACUACACAACCAUUGACUGAUCAAGACAAUGCUGGUGUGUCACAGGCAUGAUGUAGUUGCCCGGGUGAUUUAUGAUUUACCAUCUUAUUUAUUAACAGAUUUGGAAGAUUACAAGUUGACAUAUCAACAAAGAAGAAAAUCAACUGUCCGAAACAACCUUACAAGCCCUUUGGCUCUCAAAAGUGUUUUAGUACCGCCUAAGUAGUUCUAAUACCAAAAGUGUUUGAAAUGUGCAAUGUCAGUUUGCUUAUGGUGUCACAACAUACACUGUUACUCAAUCACCUUUCUAGUUUCAGUGCUCAUAGAAUGCUGUGUUUUGUAUGUUAUCAAUUAUUGCUAAUUUUGAUUCGUUUAUCAAGUGCAUUGUUUCCCGUAACCUUUUACCAGCUAAAGCUGAAUUUUUGUGAGAUGUAUGAUGUUAAGUAUUUUUUCAGCGAAUAAGAUGAUUAUAAACAUUCAUUUUGUUCCUGUGUGCUUUCAUUUCCCAAUUUUCUUCACUUUUUAUUGUUUUACUUUUAAGAUAAUGUAUUAUUGCUUAUUCAGAACUAUUAAGAUAAUUGUGCAAUACAAUAUAAUGUCGACACCGCA